AUGCUUGACCACUCCUUGCUGUCUUGUUUGGGACAGAGUUUCGGUCUCCAUCAUCAACCACACAGGGAAGAUUUUGGACUCCUGCAGGGAAAUCUUCUUGUCAGAGUUCCCAUGCAGGUGAGACUGAGAGCCCAGCAUUUACACCUCAUGGUACAAGGCAAUGAAUCACAAAUUUCAGAGUUUCUUCUCCUGGGAUUAUCAAAGGAACCAGAACUGCAGCCCAUCCUAUUUGGGCUGUUCCUCUUCAUGUACCUAAUCAUUGUGUUGGGAAACCUGCUCAUCAUCCUGGCCAUCAGCUCAGACUCCCACCUCCACACACCCAUGUACUUCUUCCUCUCCAACCUGUCUUGGGUAGACAUCUGUUUCACCUCCACCACCAUCCCAAAGAUGCUGGUGAACAUCCAGACACAGAGCAAAGUCAUCACCUAUGCAGGCUGCAUCACCCAGAUGUAUUUUUUCUUACUCUUUGCAGGGUUGGAUGUCCUUCUCUUGACUGUGAUGGCCUAUGAUCGGUUUGUGGCCAUCUGUCACCCCCUGCACUACACAGUCAUCAUGAACCCCCAGUUCUGUGGGCUGCUGGUUCUGAUGUCCUGGAUCAUUUGUAUCCUCAAUUCUUUGUUAGAAAGCUUAAUGGUGUUGCAGCUGUCCUUCUGUCCAGAUGUGGAAAUCCCCCACUUUUUUUGUGAACUCAAACAGGUUGUCCAACUUGCUUGUUCUGACACCUUUCUUAAUGACAUGGUGAUGUAUUUUGGAGUUGGUCUGCUGGGUGGUGUUCCCCUGGCAGGGAUCCUUUAUUCUUACUCUAAGAUACUGCUCUCCAUACAUGGAAUGUCAUCAGUUCAGGGAAAGUAUAAAGCAUUUUCUACUUGUGCGUCUCACCUCUUGGUUGUCUCCUUAUUUUAUUGCACAAGUGCAGGAGUGUAUUUUAGCUCUGCUCCUACCCACAGUUCAUUCUCAAGUGCAACAGCUUCAGUGAUGUACACCGUGGUCACACCCAUGCUGAACCCCUUCAUCUACAGCCUCAGGAACAAAGACAUAAAGGGAGCUCUGAAAAGAUUCUUUGGGAUGGCAGCUAUGAAAAGACUAAUUAUUCUGGGGCUGAAAAAGUUCCCAUGA